AUGGGCGGAGAUGUGGUGAAGAUGGUGGCAGUUGGCCUCGUUUGGGGGGCGACAAAUGCCCUGAUGCGUAAAGGCGCCAUUUUAUGGGAUCAAGCACAGAAAUCUACUCUGCAACGUAACAGGUCCCAGGGCCAGCACCCAGUUCUAAGUACCCUUAAGAAAUGGCUCAAACUUCUAUUGAUUUGGCAGUACACUUUGCCUUUUCUAAUAAAUCUCUCAGCUUCAGUCACUUUCUUUGCAAUUUUGAGUGAUACUCCCAUUUCUUUAGCUGUCCCCGUGACAAAUGCCACCACAUUUGCUGCCACUGCAGUAUUCGGGAUUAUUCUUGGAGAGGAGACGCUUAUAUUUCGGGCACUGUUUGGUACUUUUCUUAUUGUUCUUGGUGUCUAUAUUUGUAGCAUGUGA